AUGCCGCCGCGAGAUUACCUCUUUGUCUUUGCCCAGGCACACGAUGAGUUUCGUAUACCCGAACUACAGUCGAUCUCUGAACUGCAUGGCUUCACCAUCAGUUUCAGCCAUUACACCGAUCCGCUGGUACGCAAAGCAGCUGUAAAACGGCCAUUCAUGAUCUUGGAAUUGGAGGGAGACGCCCAUGCAAAGCUUUUGGCCAGCAGGUGUAUAUUAAUCAAAUCGAUCUACGAGCUUUACGCACAAGGGUCAACGUAUGAUGAACUGCAUGAGGCCAACAAAGGAGUUCGGACGCGCUGGGAACAGUACGUCUCGGACACGUCGUUCAAAUUUACCGUCGUUGGAUACAACCAUGGCCUGUCCCAGCGCUGGCAACGCGACGUGAUAGAGAGCUUCUCUUACAUGGACUUUCUGGGUAAGAUCGAUAUGAAGGAUCCGGAUAUCGUCCUUGGAUGCUUUGAGGAGUACGAGAAUGAUCGGCGCCCUGAUGGCUCGCGUAACAUCGACGGUGUCUUUCGUCAGGUGUAUUUCGGCAGGUUGGUUGUGAAGGGUACCGCGCGUUCAUUAGUACGGACGUUUGACGUGAAGAAAAGGAAUUACUUUGGGAACACGAGUAUGGAGGCUGAGAUAUCGCUUCUGAUGGCUAAUCAAACCCAGGCGGGGAAGUUGAUAUAUGACCCGUUUAUUGGCACGGGCAGUAUGGCCUAUACCACUGCGUACUUUGGCGCAUUUGUGUAUGGUUCUGAUAUUGACGGUCGCCAAAUGCGGGGCAAAGAUAAAACCCAAGGCAUCAUCCGUGCGGCUGCACAGUAUGAUGUUGCUAGUCGCAUCAUGGAUCUCUGCACCUUUGACGUGACACAUAACCCCUGGCGCAGUGGCUGCCUUUUUGACGCUAUCGUAACCGAUCCACCGUAUGGUGUAAGGGCAGGGGCGAAGCGUCUUGGGCGAAAAAAGGUCCGCGAAGACCGACCGCCACCUCAGGUACCAAGGGCAAACCCUGACGAACCGUACAUCCCACCAACAAAACCCUAUGAGCUCUCUGCACUUGUUGUUGACCUCAUCCUCCUCGCACGUUACCUGCUGAAACCCCACGGUCUCCUCGUAUUCUUCCUUCCAACUGUUACAGACUCUUACGAGGAAGUGGACAUCAUAUCGUCACUUUGCGAAGGCAUGGAGCUGGUUGCAAAUUCAUUACAGGACUUUGGAACUUGGGGUCGGCGGCUCAUCACGAUUCGAAAGAUUGUCACGAACGAUUAUCCACCCCCAACUUUUGAAACUGUCGGUCCUUGUAGAGAGGGAGACGACCACACCCCUGCACACAAGGAUUUCAGGGAAAAAUAUUUCCAAGGCUUCAAGGCAGUAGAGUGA